AUGCGGGAAAUCGUCAUAGAAAUGGCAAGAGAGGGGGCUGUAAACAUAGGACCUGGAAUGGGGGAGGACGUUUCUAUGGAGGAUGUGGGUGUAGACAGCGUGGAGCAAAUGGAAGAAACAGAGAAGAUUCCAGGGCCUGGGCAUAAGGGUGAGGAUCCAAAUGGACUCGCAUGGUGGUCCAGCUGUGGUCGGUGGCACCAACUGCAACCGCAAAAGGGACGGCCGUUUUCCGCCAACGGGAAGGGACCAUUUCCCGCCCUGGAGGCCUUCAAAGGCAGAUUGCAUAUGUAA